UUGGUUCCUGCACCUUUAUAAAUACCCAAGCAGAGUAGAUGGUUCAGCAAGAGGAAAUGGACCCAAAGGUUGACAAUACGGUAAAUGAAGAUGAUCUAGGACUUGGAUGGGGAAGAUCCUUACCUGUGCCAAGCGUUCAGGAGAUUGUGAGGAGGGAUUCAUUUUGUGUUCCUGAAAGAUAUAUUAGAGAUAACACUGACAGGCCAAGAGAUGCAAAUCUUUGUCUUCUUUCACCUAACAUCCCUGUUAUUGAUUUUUCCUUGCUUUCAAAAGGGCAUGAAGGUGAGCAAAUGAAACUAGAUAUGGCCUGUAAGGACUGGGGCUUUUUUCAGGUAUUCAAAGGUCACAUUCAUUUUAAUAGAUAAGCAGAACUAUGAAAAUGUUUUUAACUCAUAUGGCAUUUAUUGUACAUAAUGUACCAUGGGCAUGAUGAGUGGAAUUCUCCAGCCCCUUUUCCAAAACAUCGCAACAAAUCGAUUCACAGCAUAUUCCACAUGUGAUGAUUGACCCAAUAAGCAUAAUUUCAAAAUAAUAACUUAUGCCUCAUCUCAUUUAUUUCUAAGUAUGUACUAUAUUUUUAACAGAUUAUAAACCAUGGAGUACCUGAAGACAUUUUAUAUAGAAUCAAGAAUGCAAUGGCUGGAUUCUUUGAUCUUCCAGUGGAAGAGAAAAAGAGACACUCGAUGGCACCAAAUGACCUCGAAGGAUAUGGGCAAGCAUACGUAGUGUCAGAGGAGCAGAAACUAGACUGGAAUGAUUUGAUAUUUCUAAUGAUACUCCCAACUGAAAUGAGGAAAUUAAAUUACUGGCCAACUGUGGUACCAGAUUUCAGGUAUGUUGACAACCAAUGCUCACAUGUUUCACUUUUUAUCAUUGGUUUGCUGAAGAUUAACAGAACCAACCUCUUAUUACUUGAUGUCAGGACACUAAUUUUUCUGACAACAUCAUCACAAUUCAAAAGGAAAAAUAAACUAGCAAAAUUCAAAGUAUCAGUGUUACAGUUUUUCCAUACUAAUCUAUAUCAUUUUACCCCUUUCGGCAGGGAUGCGGUUGAAGUGUUUUCAAUGGAAAUGAACAGGAUAACUGUUGAGCUGCUUGCCAAUCUUUCUUUGCUAAUGAACAUGGAUAAAGAUGGGCUUUUAAGACUGCAUGGGGCUUUAAAACAAGCUAUGCGUAUGAACUACUAUCCAACUUGCUGCAGACCUGAUCUAGUUCUGGGUGUGAGUCCACAUUCAGAUGGCAGCUCUAUCACCAUACUCUUGCAAGAUGACAAUAUAACUGGCCUCCAAAUUAAGCACAAGGGGGAAUGGUUUCCUGUAAAACCAAUUCCAAAAGCUCUAGUGGUGAAUAUUGGAGAUGCUAUUGAGGUAUUCAGAAUCUAACUAGCAAAUUUUCUAUUUUCGGAACCCCAAAAAACAUAAUAUUAAGCAUCAACAAUUAGCUUUUUCCUGCAUGUCGGU